AUGGCGGAACAACAACCCCAAAGCGCGACAUCGAAGGAGAAUGAGUGGAUGCAAGAUGGGACCGACGUCCAAGACGAUGGUCGCAUUGAGAUUGACCUGGACUCCAAAGUCGGCCGGGAGAUAUCAAAGUUGAUUCCAUUUUUGGUGUCCGAGCAAGACGUGGAACAACUACAAGAGCUAGUUAGCUCUGAUGGUUGCAGUCUGCAUCUCAACAUCGUCAUCCAAGUUGUUGGAAGCCGAGGUGACGUGCAGCCUUUCAUCGCACUAGGCAACGAGCUCCAACACCAUGGCCAUCGUGUACGAAUAGCCACGCACAACAUCUUUGAGAAGUUUGUACGAGAUUCAGACUUGGAGUUCUAUCCUAUCGGCGGAGAUCCCUCUGAGCUGAUGGCAUACAUGGUCAAGAACCCGGGAUUGAUCCCUCAAAUGAACUCCUUGCGUGCUGGCGAUAUCCAGCGCAAGCGGGUGAUGGUAGCUGAAAUGCUCCAGGGAUGCUGGCAGUCCUGUAUAGAGGAUGAUCCGGCGACCCAAACACCGUUCGUGGCCGAUGCGAUCAUCGCGAAUCCGCCUAGCUUUGCUCAUAUUCAUUGUGCUCAAGCGUUAGGGAUUCCUCUGCACUUGAUGUUUACUAUGCCGUGGACUAGCACGCGGUCAUUUCCGCAUCCUUUGGCUAAUUUAAAGUACUCAACCACAGAGCCGAAAAUGGCCAAUUAUUUGUCCUAUGGCAUCGUCGAAUGGUUGACAUGGCAAGGCCUUGGCGAUGUUAUCAAUGAAUGGAGAAUUUCUAUUGACCUCGAACCUGUACCAGUCACGGAAGGUCCCCGUCUUGCGGAGACUUUGAAGAUACCUUUCACUUACUGCUGGUCACCGACAUUAAUGCCAAAACCAGCAGACUGGCCGGCGCAUCUAGAUGUAUGCGGAUUCUUCUUCCGAUCUCCUCCCGACUUCUCACCACCCUCUGAUCUACAUUCAUUCCUUCAAAAUGGGCCCCCGCCAAUCUACAUCGGAUUUGGCAGCAUUGUGAUCGAAGACCCUCCUGCAAUGACAGCAACACUUGUCAAAGCUAUCAAGUCCUGGGGUGGUCGUGCUCUCAUUUCUCGAGGUUGGAGUAAUCUUGGAGAUGCUCAGUCAGAUGAUCAAAUAUUCUAUCUUGGAGACUGUCCACAUGAAUGGCUAUUCCAGCAUGUCACCGCAGUGGUACAUCACGGUGGAGCAGGUACGACGGCAUGUGGCCUACGCUUUGGAAAGCCGACCACCAUCGUGCCGUUCUUUGGAGAUCAAUUGUUCUGGGGAAAUAUGGUCGCAUCCUGCGGCAUUGGACCCAAGCCCAUUCCACACCGUGAAUUGACCGCAGAUAACCUAGCAGAGGCCAUUUGCUUCUGUCUCGAACCUAGCACACUCAGUGCUGCCGAAGAACUCGCCAUUCGGAUGAGCGAGGAAUCUGGAGUGUCUGCAGCAGUUGCAUCUUUCCAUCGAAACCUGCCUAUUGACAAGAUGCAAUGUCGCUUCUUUGGAUCUGAACCGGCUGCAUGGAAAUUGAAACUGCAGAAUUCCAAGGUUUCUGUUUUUCUGUCUAAGAUGGCUGCGGGGAUAUUGGUUGAAAACACGCGCAUUGACCCAAGGGAUCUGACGUUACAUGAAAGCCGCCCCAUAUUUAUCCAAACACGACGAUGGGAUCCCAUCACUGGCGGCGCAUCAUCCUUGCUUGGCAUGUACAAGGAUGUGCUCACAGCAUCGAGUGAUGUAGUGAUACAACCAUACAAAGAAUUUAAACGCGCCCAGUCAGGCGAGGGAGAGCUUCGAGUUAUCGAGCCUACCAAUAGGACGUCCAGCGAUGCGUCCUCAGGUGUACUCUCCCGAGCAUCCACCAACGAAAAACGGGACGCGCAAUGGAAGGUAACCGGUACGGCAGUAGGAAGUUCCGCCAAAAGCGUGGGCAAGAUCAUCGGCUAUUAUUACAAGGGCGUGCUAGUCGAUAUACCCAUGGCAGUCAACGAGGGCCUGAGAGCAGUGCCCCGGAUGUAUGGCGAGGAAGUCAAGAGCUACGAUAACAUCACAGACUUUAAGUCUGGAGCCGCUGCCGCGAGAGAGAACUUCAAUGAUGGAAUGGCAGGGGUCAGCGAAAUCCUCAAGCAGCCCUACAAAGGGGCCCAAGAGGACGGAUUUAGAGGGAUGGUCAAGGGAUUCGUGAAAGGGCCUCUUAGCAUGGGCACGAAGGCAUCUUCAGCGGCGUUGGGACUAGUAGCCUACCCAGGACAGGGAUUGGUCAAGAGUAUACACACGGUUAUGCACGGCAAGACUCGGAAAUUGAUAGGCAAAGCGCGUCUGAAAGAAGGUCAAUACCUGGCAAUCCAAUCACCCAAGGCCUGGUCAAAUUGCCCGACCGUUCUCGAAGCAUUCGAAGCCCAGCAGCGGAAUCCUGCGGCUGAGAUCUCGGGAUUUGAGCGAAUCCAAGACUAG